AUGUCAUUUAAAUGGCCAUGGCAGUAUGAAUUUCCACCAUUUUUCACCUUACAAACUACCUUAAUAACUCGUGAAAAGCAGUUAGAAGCUUGGAGUCGGUUAGUUGUCGAUUACUGCCAAUUUCAUAAAAUUUAUACAGUGGACUUAACAGAUAUAUCAAAUUCGGAAUUGUUUGUUAAUAGUGCUCUAAAUCGGAAAUUGUCAUUGGACGGUGUACGAGUAGUGUUUGAUUAUCUCGAGCAUAAAAGACAUAUCGAUUGGUUAGAUAAAACCAAAAAUCGUUGUCAUAUCUACUGGAGGCGUCCAGAAGAGUGGGCUAUACUAAUAUACGAGUGGGCAGUAAGUAAUAGUUUACUUAACACUCCUUGUACUUUGUACGAAAUAACACAAGGAGACGACGUUACACAAGAAUCUUUUUACGGUUUGGAUAAGGACGUAUUGUUAAAGUCAUUGGCAGUUCUUGUUGAUCAACGUCGUGCUCAAUUAUUAAACAGUGGGACAGGAACAGAAGGCGUAAAAUUUCUCCAAUAA